CUAAAUCUACACGUUCUAGAUCUCUAUCAUUUUCCCCCUUUUUCAAGCCCCUUCGCCCUCUGCAAACCCUAACCGAUCUUCAUCACUCUCCCACUUUCCCCCUUGUAACCUAACUCUCUGCAACGAUUCGCCAUGGAAUUCGGCCUCGCUAGAAAACGAGGGAGGCCAGCUGGUUUGAAUGGCAACGGUGGAUUCAAGAAAUCCAAACAAGACACGGAGUCGUUUCAAUCUGGUUUAGGAAGCAAAUCGAAGCCAUGCACAAAGUUUUUCAGCACAUCUGGAUGCCCAUUUGGCGAAGGGUGUCAUUUCUUGCACUAUGUUCCUGGAGGUUUGAAAGCUGUAAACCAAAUGACUGGCGGCAACCACCCGGCGCUACCACCAACCGCCAGACCACCUGUCCUCCCGCCAUCCUUCCCGGACGGGUCAUCACCGCCAGCUGUCAAAAGCCGCCUCUGCAACAAAUUCAACACCGCAGAAGGCUGUCGAUUUGGUGACAAGUGUCAUUUCGCCCAUGGUGAAUGGGAACUCGGGAAACCAACCGCCCCAUCUCACCACGAAGACCCACGCGCCAUGGCUAGAUUUGGCGGCGGUGGUGGGCGGAAUGAUUUCAAUCCGGCGGCAAACAACGCCGCCGCCGCCAGUUUUGGCGCCUCUGCAACCGCCAAAAUCAGUGUCAACGCGUCACUAGCGGGAGCUAUUAUUGGAAAAAGCGGAGUCAACUCUAAGCAAAUUAGUCGGUUGACUGGAGCAAAAUUGUCAAUAAGAGAUCAUGAAUCGGAUCCGAAUUUGAGAAAUAUUGAAUUGGAAGGGACUUUUGAUCAGAUUAAACAUGCGAGUCAAAUGGUGCGUGAGCUUAUUGUGAAUAUAAGUUCGGCUUCUGGACCACUGCCGCCACAAAAGAGCUUUGGAAAGGCGGGUGGUGGUGGUGGUGGUGGUGGUGGUCCGGCGGGGAAUUUUAAGACGAAGCUUUGCGAGAAUUUUGCGAAAGGGACUUGUACUUUUGGGGAGAGGUGUCAUUUUGCUCAUGGGGCUGAAGAGUUGCGUAGUUCUGGAGCUUGAUUUUGAGGAUUUUUUUAGAACAUAUGAUGUUUUGGGGUAUCUGAGAUGUUGAUUGUUGAGGAUAGUUGUGAGUUUUUAAAGUUGGUAUUAGGUUUUUUUUGUUUCAGAUUUUUAGAAAAAAAAAAAAAAAAGUUGUUAAAAUUUGGAUUGAUGUAUUGGUGUGUUGUUGCGUUGUGUCACAUGGUUAAGGAUGGGAUGAGGGUAAAAAAUGGUAGUUCUAAAGAGAUCAGGAUUGCAAACGGUUGGUUAUAACUUAUAUUUGUCUGAAACGUUUU